AGUGAUGGGAGCAAAAAGGUGAUGAUGGGAACUGCUUUAAGUGAGAACAGAGGGAGAAAAAUUGUAGCAGAGAUUAUAACAUUUUAGACAAUCCUACUGAGGAAUUUUGCCACAAAAGAGAGCAAUUGCGGUGAUGGUUUCAGGGGGAGAUGUGGUCAAUCUUCCUGUUUGUUUUCUUAGUAGGAGGCAAAUACUAGUAUGUAUUUAAGCUAAUAAGAAUUGGUUAACAGAGAGGGAAACUUCAAAGAUACAUAUGAAAGCAGAGAAGAAGGGUUUACUGAAUAAUGUUUUUGGAUAGGCUAGAGAGGAUGGGGUCUAGUGCAUGCAAGAAUGGUGCUGGCCUUUGCUAGGAACAUGAACAUAUCAUCUACAUGAAGAAGAGAAAGGUAAAGUUUUUUUUUUUUUUUUCAAGGUGCAGGUAAGUGGGUAGAUAUCGUGGGAACUGGUACAGUUUCUCUUUUGAUUGGAUCUUUUUCUCAAUGGAUCAGGAAAAAGGGCCAUGAGCCAAGGAGGUGUGAAGAGAGAGGAAGAAUAACAGACCUUUUGAGGUGGAUUUUCCUGAACUGGAAAUGAAAGAUGAUGGCAGGACUGUGUUUUUUCCUUUGGUCACAUUUCGUGGCUUAGGGCAGAGCAAAGAGUUUAGAUUUAAUGAGGGUUUUGGUUUAGGCACAGAUAGGUAAGAAAAGGAAUGGGGAAAAACUUAGUGAAGGUAUCUGCAUGGGAGUGAUUAUGACGAUUGACUGUGGAAUUUAGUUAAGUAGUGAAGUGAGGACACAGGGUGUGGGGGUCCAGGCCAGGGAAAGGAUAUGACACUAAUGGACUGUAGGUGCAGUGAGUUAGAUUUUCAAAGGACUUUUGGAGUUUUGUGACCAGACAAAGUGAGCUGGAAUAUGAGAAGUGGUGUUAAAAAGUGUGUAUGAAAUUGAGAUUAUUGAGGAAUUGCAGUUAUUAUAAAGACAAUUUGUAGCAUGUGGCCAGGGAGGUGAGAGGCUGGGAGUAGGUUGGAGGGAAGAUCACUGGAAGAGAUCCACCCCUCCCCAUCCCCAUCACAAGGAAGGUAGGUAUUAGUUUGCAAGAGUUCAAGCCCUUAGAUCUGCUUUUGAAGGAGAAGAGGCUAUUUGUAAGAAAGCUGGUAAGUUUCUAUUCCAAGGUUCAUGAUCUAAUAGGAAGACUGCAGGUGUGGCCGUCAGGCCCAAGUCCUAGGUGAGAAUGCAGGUCUGCGAGCCUCUAGGACCGGACCAUAACGACCUUAACAGCCAUAACGGCCGUAACUGCCAUAACGGCCGGCUGCGCGAGGCCCUUCCAGCAUUUCCACUUUCGUCAGGUACUGGAGAGGGCUGCCGGCCGGAUGCCAGGGCAGAGGGGCAGGGCGGACGGCUAGAAGUUCAAGAAACAUCCUGGUCUGAGGGAAAGACUGCAGCCUGCACCGCCAUGAAUAAGCUUUUCAGCUUCUGGAAGAGGAAGAAUGAGACCCGCAGCCAGGGCCACAACCUUCGAGAAAAGGAUUUAAAGAAACUUCACAGAGCUGCUUCAGUCGGGGAUUUGAAGAAGCUGAAGGAAUACCUUCAGAUCAAGAAAUAUGAUGUAAAUAUGCAGGACAAAAAAUACAGAACACCUUUGCACCUAGCCUGUGCUAAUGGACAUACAGAUGUUGUACUUUUCCUAAUUGAGCAACAAUGCAAAAUAAAUGUCCGGGAUAGUGAAAACAAAUCCCCAUUGAUUAAGGCAGUACAGUGUCAAAAUGAGGAUUGUGCUACUAUUCUUCUAAACUUUGGUGCAGACCCAGAUCUGAGGGAUAUUCGUUAUAAUACUGUUCUUCACUAUGCUGUUUGUGGUCAAAGUUUGUCAUUAGUUGAAAAACUGCUUGAAUACGAAGCUGAUCUUGAAGCGAAAAAUAAGGAUGGGUAUACUCCACUAUUAGUUGCCGUUAUUAACAAUAAUCCAAAAAUGGUAAAAUUUCUUCUGGAGAAAGGGGCUGAUGUGAAUGCUUCAGAUAAUUAUCAAAGAACAGCCCUUAUUCUUGCUGUCAGUGGUGAACCAGCAUGUUUAGUGAAGCUUCUUCUUCAGCAAGGUGUGGAAUUAUGUUACAAAGGUAUUGUGGAUUCACAGCUGAGGAAUAUGUUUACUUCCAUGGUUUUACUGCAUAGAUACCCACAAUUUACUGUGAGCCAUGGAAAGAAGAAACAUGCUAAAUAGACACCUUAUUCUUGGCACUACAUGUGACUAAAGGAAGAUAUGGAACCCAUUUCUACAAUUUCUUUGCCGCUUCCUUGAAUUGGAAAAAUGUAUUUUGAAAGAACCGUUAAGUGAAGUAUUAUAAUAUUUUUGCUGACUACCCAGUUGAAGAAAAAUUUGUUAAUUGGAUGGGAUUUUUUUUUUCACGUUAGAAGACAUGAAUAAAUUUUAAAAGAUAAACAUCUAUAUUGUGAACCAUCAGCUGAAAAAAUAAAUUUGUGUUCAAUAUA